AUGAAGGCUACUGGAUGGCUGACAGUUUUGCAGGCACUUGCAGUGUUUGCAGUGCCACUUCAAGGAGGUCACGAGCUCUGGAAGCCAGUCCAACUUGCGCCUUCUUCCGUGCAGGGGUCAGUAGAAACAGCCACGGUACUUCCUCAAACAAAUCAGCAAACCACCAUUCAUGAGCCCACACUCGUGACGAGAAUCUCACAAGAGUCUCAUGAAUCAGUCGACUGGGUCGACUCAGUUUCGGUUGCUCCUACCACGACCUUUGCUGGAACAACUUUAGCAGCUAGAAGCGCGGCGCCGCUUGCUUCGAUCCCUAUUUCGGAUGAAGGGGAACACUUUGCAUCGGUCAAGACAUCUACAGUUGUUCCCAGUGUUCCUGUACGGACUACUCCAACCAAGUCUGGAACUGCUCAAGUCUUACCAUCUCUGACUACCGCCAUCCCUCACACUACCGGGAGCGUCAUCACGAGCUUGGUCACGGAAGGAGAGCCAACCUUACCACCACUCCUCAGUACUAGUAUCUCAUCUCCAACUAGUUUGCUCGUACUAGCUGCAGGAGCAACAUCAAGCAAACCUUCCUCCGCUACCAACAAGUCUCCACUUGUCAUGGGAUCUCAAAAUAUCUUCCAGCCAAUUGCCACGAAUGCACCACCUUCGGCCAUUGGAACAAGACCGGAUCAUCCAGUACCCAGACUGGGCAUUCAAGCACAGAGCUCUCCUAUUGGAACCAAUAAGUUCUACGCCAAUUUCUUCCUCGGAUCUCAGACCGCUGCAGCAUGGACCCAUCCAUACUCGGUCGCCUGGUCAAAGGGUGGUGGAUCAUCCAAGAGUUGGGGUAUGUCCAUUCAGCAUAUUGAUGCCAGCCAACGAGUUUUCGGCCCUGAUCCAAACGCAAAUCCGGCUCAGUACUUCAUCAACCCUAUUGGGAUCCAAUCUAUUGUUCUUUCGGCAAUGGAGCUUGGAGCAUCGACAACCAUAUCGAUGGACACAGUUACUGAAUUCUCAGCUAAUGUCAAUCUCCUUCAGAGUCCCGGGGCUGGACCAUCAGUAACCUUCCCUCUUGUGCAAGGUAUGGGAUUUGUUUCCGGUAUCUACACUGGCUCUACGCCCAUUUUACAGACCGGUGUCUUCUUCCGAUCCAUCACCAAGGUUACGACCAGUCCCAAGCCCGGCGUGACCAAGUACAGCAUUCUACUUGAGGAUGGAAAAGUUUGGCUACUAUAUGCCUAUUCUCCAUCUGGUGCUGGACUCGAGUUUACUGUCGUGAACAAUGGUCUGGCUCAAGCUACAUCAGGUUUCAAUGGUAUCAUCCAGAUUGCCAAGAGCACCAGCAGUAUGUCGGAAGCUCUGUACGAUGCUGCUUGUGGCGCUUACCCAACCACUACUACAAUAUCUGGAAGUGUCAAUGGUGCCACAGGCUCCUACACGCUUUCAUUCUCGGCAGCAGGCAUGCUCAACACCGAUCUUCUCAUGUUCGCUCUACCCCACCAUAUCGAGUCCUUCGACGCCAACACCGCAUCAGGAGUCACCAGCUUCACCCUAGACACGACCACCAAAGGAACAGCUACUGCUGUUGUAGGCAACUCCUGGACCAUGAUCGAGAAUCUUCCAGUCGCCAUGGGAUUCGGACCAUACAAUCCCUCGGCUGGAAAUCCAGGUAGUCAAGGAAGUACCAAAUUCUCCUUCUCGCAAUCAACUAUGGCCGCUAUGCAAGCUGUUGCCCAAAGUGAAAUCUCCCAGAACAUGAGUAUCCAGACGAAUCUCAAUUCCAUGUACUACAGUGGAAAGGCUCUAGCAAAAUUCGCCCAAAUCGUCUACGCACAAGCCGCACUACUCGAUAACCCCGGCCUCGCUCAAGCCGGCUUGAACGAGCUGAAGCAAGCAUUUGCACUCUUCGCCCAGAACCAACAGCAAUACCCCCUCGUCUACGAAACAGCAUGGGGAGGCAUCGUCUCAACCGCAUCCUACGUGACCGGGAACUCGGGCGUUGAUUUCGGCAACACGUAUUACAACGACCAUCACUUCCACUACGGAUACUUCAUCCUCACCGGCGCCAUAAUCGGCACCCUCGACCCAACCUGGCUCCCCGCCAACGCCCCCUACAUCGACGCCCUCGCCCGCGACAUCGCCAACCCCUCCCCCCUGGACCCCUACUUCCCCGUCUCCCGCAACAUGGACUGGUACCACGGGCACUCGUGGGCGCACGGCCUGUACGAGACCUUCGACGGCAAAGACCAAGAAUCGUCGUCCGAAGACGCCAUGUCCGCCUACGCGCUCAAGAUGUGGGGUUUCGCCUCCGGCAACGCGAAUCUCGAAGCGGUGGGCAACCUGCAACUGGCCGUCACCGCGCGGGCGAUCCAGAAUUACUACCUAUAUACGAACAGUAAUGUUAUUCAGCCGCCGAACUUCAUCGGGAAUAAGGCCGCGGGGAUCCUGUUUGAGAAUAAGAUUGAUCAUACGACGUAUUUUGGGACGAAUGUUGAGUAUAUUGAGGGGAUCCAUAUGUUGCCUCUGCUGCCUUGUAGUUCGUUGACGAGGACGAAGGAGUUUGUGCAGGAGGAGUGGGAUAAGUAUUUUUCGAAUGGGAGGGCGGCUACGGUGCAGGGUGGGUGGAGGGGAGUUCUGUAUGCGAACUUGGCGUUGGUUAAUCCCGCGGCUGCGUGGCAGUAUUUUACCGCGGCGAACUUUGAUCCGAGUACGUUGGAUGGCGGCGCGAGUCGGACGUGGUAUAUGGCUAUGGCUGCUGGUAUGGGAGGUGCGCAGUAG